CCUCCGGUGUUCAUCUCGAUUUCCCAUCGCCGAGCAGCGCCUCUGGCUGGAUCGAGCCAGGCCAGCCAAGAGCGCGCCGAGAACACCCUUGGCGCCAACCGCUCCGGCCUUCCUCCCUCGCCUGCGACACCGCCUGCAACACCGCCUGCACUUGCCGCCAAACAUGCAAGGGACAUUCUCCGCGGCCCCAAAGGCAUCGCUCGAAUACAAGAUGGCCAGCCGCCCAGCCGCUCGCCCAGCCGGAGAGGACAUCUGGAGAACCAAGGUCGACAAAGUUAGUGCAGAACUCUUUGCCCUCACGUACGGAUCGAUCGUCACGCAGCUAGUGAAGGACUAUGAGGACUAUGUCGAGGUCAACAAGCAGCUCGACAAAAUGGGAUACAACAUUGGGGUCCGCUUGAUUGAAGAGUUCUUGUCAAAGACCAAUCUGGUCAAGUGCCAAGACUUCAAGGACACGGCAGAGGUCAUCUCGAAGGUCGGCUUCAAGAUCUUCCUGAACAUCGUGCCGCAGAUUCAGAACUGGUCGCAGGACGAGAAGGAGUUUUCGCUCAUCUUUGAGGAGAACCCUCUGGCCGAGUUUGUCGAGCUUCCAGAGGACGGCGUGGCCACGCAGGUGCUCUGGUACUCCAACAUCCUUGUGGGUGUUCUGCGCGGGGCCCUGGAGAUGGUGGGCUUCCAAAUCGAAGCGUUUUUUGUGGCAGACGUACUCCGGGGUGACGACACAACCGAGCUGCGGGUCAAGUUCAUCAAGAUGCUUGACGAAGAGGUGCCCGCGAGCGAGGACUAGCCAGUCGCCGACAUUCAAUACAAAGCCACGUCUGAGUGACGGACGAGCAUGGCCGUGCGGUCCAAAGCAACGGGCGCUGGCUGCGAUGGCUGGAAAAGUGACUCGGGAAAGGCACCUCGAUUCGUGGAUGAGAUAAAUGGGCUACGAUGAAUCUGAGUAGGCUCCUAUCAUGGUGUGCUACUUCUGUCCAGGGCAGCAUCACCCAAGGCGAGCUCGUUUUGCACGAGAACGAUG